CAACUACAAUUAAGGAUACAUUUAUUUAAUUCAUUCAUAACUUCAUUAUGAUUGCGAUUUAACCUCAAAGUCGUAUUUUCUCAUCACCAAUUAUAUUUGGCGCGAACUCAAGUCCUCGAAUACGCAGCAGCAACAGUAGUGGUCCAGUGCAUCACUCAUUUUUGCUUCCACAUUUAUUUCGAAAUUUUAGAGCAGACUUUGAAGAAGAAAAUGCACGAUUUUUUUAAAUUCGUAAUUAACUUCAAAUAUUAUUUUAUUAUUGUGGCAGGUUUUACUGCACAUUUCUUCUCAAAUGAAGGAGUUCAUAUGAAGAAACGUGUAUUUGAAGCUGUCUUGUUUGCCUUUAGCUGCUCAUCGAUCAUACAUAUCAUUAUGGAUAUGAACAUUGUAUUAAGAAUUAUGAUUAUGAUGGUGUACUACGGUUACUAUGGUUAUCACUAUAUGAGUCAGCUGCUGGAUUUCAUCGUGAGGAAUUCGAUCCCAGAAUCUGUCUUGAAUAACACCUCAGCUUUGGUCGUGUACCUCCUUCGAAUCUUGAAAGCUGUAUGUUAUUGGUUUGCAUUGACCAGAUGUUUUUUUGUACUGACGGACGAGUAUAUUAAAGAAAACAUUAACCUCAAUCCUGAACCUGAAAUUCGUGAAGUACACUACCCUACAAUGCUUGGUGAUUAGAUGGGAUUCAUUCCAAACUAUCCAGAAUUGGAGAAGGGAGUGGGAGAGAUGAUGUAUUCGGUCCUACGCCUGCGUUCCGACUAUCCGAUCAUACUCCUAUCAAGUUUGAAAUUGCUAAAAAGUUCGUGUGUUUUGUAUUAUUAAGUUGAUUACUAUGAUUUAAAAUUUAUUUUGACUGUGAUAACGAUUGAAAUUGACUGUGAAUAAAAAUUUAGAGUAGGUCUAAUGAUGAUUCAGGGCUUUAUUCAUAAACGAUGCUGAGACUAAAUCUUCGAUUAGCACGAUUAGUAACAAAAACUAGAAUCUAAGAUGACUGACCUAGGACAACAAUCGUACUUUUGCAGUAGGCCUACGAUUCUAGCUAAUCUUAAUUUUAGUCUAAGAUAUGAUAUUUACGGCCCUGAAAUUGCUAUAAGCGUGUACUGUUUUGAGUUGUUGGAAUUUGAGCAUAUCCAAAAAUAUUGUGUCUAUUCCCUGAAAUAUUGAUCCCUUGAAGGCCGGUCUAGAUGCUAAGACCUAUCAACCGAUUUCUUAUAAAUAUAACAAAAACUUGAAUCGUGUGAUAUGGAAAUAGAUAGGGAAUGGAUUCUGAUUUACAAGUCUGGUAUUACAACACAAUAAUUUUCCUAAUCAACUAGAUAUUUUGCGUAGUUAAGGUUGAAAAUCGGACGUUCAGUUCAGCAUCUGUACCAACCUCUAAUUCCAUUCAAAGCAUAUAUAUAUGAACUUUUCCAAUUGAGUUUUUAUCCACUCAAAUAUUUAAACGUUCAGAUGUAAAGGUUUGGUCAAUUUUUAGUUUCGAAAUUGAAGCAUUUCCGGAAUUUCGAUCGAUCAUCAUUCCACGCUUUUGAUGAUUUAGUUCGUUUGUUCCUUAAUUCAGUUGAAUGUUUAAAUCCUUCAAAGCAUAAGUCAGCGUAAGGUACCGUAUCUUGAAUUCAUUUAACGUUACUUUUGUUCCUUAUUAGUAUAUAUUCCGAUUCACUCAUCAAUUAAUUUCAUUUUCUCAUUGCUAAAAAUGUUUAUUUUUUGUAUGUCCAAGAACUUUGUUCGCUCAGUUCAUUUAUUUCCUUUAUAUGUAGUUAAAUGUUUAAAUCGUAAGCGUAAGUCAGUUUCAUAGAUUUAUUUCGCGUUUGUUAUUAUUACGCUUUGUUCUUCAAUGUAGUUAAAUUUUCAAAUUGUUGAAAGCGUUUAUGUCAGACUAACAUUUAAGUAUCUUAGAUUUAUUUCACUUUACUUGGGUUUUGUAUAUGUAUGUUAUUUGUAAGUUUGGAAAUUAGUUCCCUUAGUUCAUUUGUUCCUUAAUGUAGUUAAAUGAUCAAAUCAUUCAAAGCUUCAGUCAAAGUUUUUUUAAUUUGUUUCACGUUACGUGUUUCUUAAUAAAAUAUAUGUUUCGAUUCACUCAUGAAUCCAUUCAUUUGUUUGAAACUUGAAAAAUGUAUAUUAUUUGUAAGACUGAGAACUCAGCCACAACUUUUCUGUUUGUUCCUUAAUGUUCAAAGUCAAAUGUUUAAAACGU